AUGAUAUUUCGAUGGAUUUAUUUAUUUUUACUUAUAUUGUGGUUACAAUCCGGAAUUGUAGCUCGAAAAUAUUCGAAAUACCAUGAGCGAGCUGAUAAUUUCGAACAUGAAAUACUUGAUAUGCUCAACAAGCGAUACUCUACAAAUUUCCAUUCAAUUUCUGAUAUACUAGAACUCGACGAACGUGAAGAAGUUGAUCCUAACGACCAUGCCGAUGUUGAACUUUGGAAUAAAUUAAAUGAUGAAGAUAUAGCGAAUAUGCCAAAGACCGAUGAUUAUUCCAGCGAAAAGGAUGCGUUACGUUGGCUUGAAUGGUAUUCGAAAAUAUCACUACGAAACUAUCAAGUCAGUGCGUUUCUUGGAUGGAAUCAUCGAACUAAUUUAACAAAAGAAAACCAAGCAGCCGUAUCUGCACAGAGUGUUCGAACAGCGCCUUUCAAUCGCAUGGCUUUGCCCAUUGCGAAAAAAUUUAAUGAAUACAUGAAAAACUCGAACAAUGAAGACUUGAAACGUAUUUACGGUCGUUUAGCUCAAGGUACAAUUAGCCACAACGAUGAAGAUGUCAAGACACGUUCUAAACUACACUCGAAACUGGAAAAAAUCUAUUCCACAGCUGAAGUUUGUGAAUUAAAUGAUACGAAGAAGUGUUAUACACUUUCACCAACAUUGGAACAGCUGAUGCAAGUCGAAAAAGAUUAUGAUCGUUUACUAUGGGCAUGGAAAGGUUGGCACAAUCAAUGUGGCAAUAAGAUUCGUCCAGUUUAUCUACCUUUCAUUCACCUAUUGAAUAAAAGUUCGAAAGAGAACGGAUAUAAAGACUUAGCGCAAGAAUGGAUUCAGGAUUACGAAAUGGGUGAUGACAUCGAAUUUGAACGCAUGUUUGACGACAAUUUGAGAGCGAUAAUGCCACUCUACGAACAACUACAUGCGUAUGUGCGCGGCCGUUUGUGUCAACUCUAUCCCAACCGUUUCGAUUGCGAUGGUCCCAUUCCCGCUCAUCUACUCGGUAACAUGUGGGCACAACAAUGGCAGGAUCGCCUUGAUGAUUUUAUGCCAUAUCCUGAUGCUCCGCUUGUUGAUAUUACAGAAAUGUUACACAAGAAAAAGUACACAAUUCAUCGAAUGUACACAACUGCUGAAGAAUUUUUCACUUCGAUCAAUCUUUAUCCAAUGACGCCAAAAUUCUGGGCGCGUAGUUUGUUUUCCAAACCAAAAGAUCGCGAAGUUGUAUGCCAUCCUUCAGCAUCCGAUUUCAAAUAUCACGAUGAUUAUCGAGUUAAAAUCUGUACAGUUAUAAAUGAUGAUUAUUUUUAUACUGCUCAUCAUGAAAUGGGCCAUGUAGAAUACUAUAUGUCCUAUGCGAAAAUGCCGUUUGUUUACCAAGAUGGCGCGAACUCCGGUUUUCACGAAGCCAUUGGAGAUACAAUCGGCAUGUAUGCAAUCUCAAUUCCACAUUUAAUCAAAUUAGGUUUUGUCGAUGAGAAGACCGUUACUUUGCAUUACGAAAUGAAUUCUUUGAUGCGUAUGGCUUUACAAAAGGUAGCCUUCUUGCCUUUUGGUUACGUUAUGGAUAAAUAUCGUUUUCAACUAUUUCGUGGCCAAAUCAAAGAAGAGACAGAAUUAAAUGCAAGAUGGUGGGAGUUACGUAAAAAGUACAGCGGACUUAUGCCACCUGUGCCUCGAAGCGAUCCCGAAAACUUUGAUCCCGGUGCGAAAUAUCAUAUACCAUCAAACACUCCAUAUGCAAGAUAUUUUAUUGCUCAUAUCUUACAGUUUCAAUUCUAUCGUGCAAUGUGUCGAUUACAAGGUCAAACGGAACGCCUCCAUAUGUGUGACAUCUAUGGAAACAAGGAUGUCGGAACCAGAUUUCGGCAAAUGUUGGCAAUGGGAAGUUCCAAACCAUGGUCAGAAGUCUUAGAAAGUUUAACGGGAGAAACUAAAUUAGAGCCACAGGCAAUGAUGGACUAUUUUGAGCCAUUGUAUAAAUGGUUGAAAAUGGAAAAUCUUGCUCGAGGUUAUCCUGUUGGUUGGAUGUGA